AUGGGCACAGGGAAAACCCGCACAGCUUUUGUAAAAGCCUCAGAGAUUGGGACUAAAAUAUUAAUAGUGUGCCCUCUCUCUGUUAUCCCUCAGUGGGUCGAGGAACUAAAAUCCAAUGGUCACAGGUGUGAUAAUCUGAGAAUUGAUGCUCCUGUAAAUAAUUGGGGAAUAAUCAACUAUGAGUCCAUAUGGAGAAAAGAGCCAGGAUGGUAUGAGGAUUACGACACAGUUAUAAUAGACGAAUCACAGAACAUUGGGAACGACCGCUCCAAGAGAACGAAAUACAUACUUAAAUAUAUCACUCCUAACAGGAAUGUAAUUCUUCUGAGUGGGACACCCGAUUCCGGGCACUAUGAGAACUUAUAUACUCAACUCAAGGCUUUAGGAUGGGGAGGAACUAAGAGCAAGUUCUAUAACUUCUAUGUUAAUACUGCUAUAGUUGAAUUUGUACCGGGAAUCAAGACUAGGAAGAUUACAGGCUAUAAGAAUGUAGAUUCUCUAAAACAGUUAUGUAAGAAUAUGGGCUGUGACUUUUUGAAAUCCUCUGAGUGUCUCGAACUCCCGGAACAGAUAGACAUUGAUAUUAAGGUAAGUAAGUCCCGGGAUUAUAGCAGAUUUAAAAAGGACUUAAUAGUCACAGUUAAUGAGGAGGAGAUGGUCGGGAACAGUUCCAUAGCCGAGGUGAUAGGACUUCGGAAGAUUGCCUCACUUGGUAAAAAAUCGGCUUACUGUGACCUCGUGAAAAGCACAGACAAGAGACUCAUAGUCUUUUAUAACUUUGAUGCAGAAUUAAACAAUUUGAGACAGUGGAACAGGCUGUCAGAAAAAACAAUGUAUAUCUGCAAUGGUAAAGUAAAAGAUGUAGACCAAUGGAAACAGGAUGAGUCCGGGGUCUUAUGUGUCCAAUACCAAGCCGGGGCUACAGAAGAACUCAAACAGGGCGAAUACUCACUCGAAUGGAAAGGUUAUGUAGGAAUGAAUCAGAUUGAUGGAUUUAUCUGUGACACAGGAGCAACAUUUUAUUGGGACGGCUCAGACUACAUCGAAUUUUAA